AUCCCUAUAAAAGCAGACGUUUUGGUAGUUUGCUGGUUUGGAGCAUUUAGAUGCAUAUUAACACGGUGCCAAGAAGAAAACACAUUAGCACUGAUCUUAGAGAAGCAACUGUUGCUGCCCAUCAUGGGAUGUACUCUGUACAUACAGUGUCCUUUAUCUGCAGAAGAGUCUCAGACGCCCCUCCUUCCACUGUAGCUCCGGCAUUUGUAGUGAUGAAGUUUGACCAAGAGGGAAAUGUGACGUCAUUUGAAAAAAAGAAGACGGAGCUUUGCCAGGAGUUAAGUCUUCAAGCCAGAGACCUACGCUUCCAACACACUACCAGCCUCACUGCUAGAAAUAACUGCAUUAUUUUACGAAUGGCGGCCUUGAAAGCCAUCUUGACCCCAGAGUCUCUUAUGGUCUUGGAUUUUCGUGGUCUUGGACUGGAGCGCUGGUUAGUUCUAGAGCUCGCCCCCCAGCUAGCGUCACAGACACACACUCUGCCCUUCGAGUUCAGAGCACUGGAAGCCAUCCUGCAGCACAAGGUAAACACGCUGCAAGCCCGGUUGAAUGAAGUUGAACCAGUCAUAUUGGAUGCGCUGGAAUCCCUCGUAGACCCUAAAAUCCUUUCUGCUGAUAGAAGUAAACUACAUGUACUUCUGCAAAAUAGCAAGAGCUUAUCAGAGUUGGAGACGGACAUAAAAAUGUUUAUGGACUCCAUGCUGAAGGUCUUGGAUGAGGAUGAGACGGUUGAAGAGUUCUGUCUCACAAAAUGGACAGACCCAAGAGUUUUUGAAGAGAGCAGUUUGGGUAUUGACCACGCUGAGGAGAUGGAGCUUUUAUUGGAGAAUUAUUAUAUGCAGACCGAGGAACUGGGGAACAGAGCCAGAGAGCUGAAGGGUCUGAUAGACGACUCUGAGAGUGUAAUCUUUAUCAAUCUGGACAGCCACCGAAACGUGAUGAUGCGACUGAAUCUGCAGCUGACCAUGGGGUCCUUCUCCCUUUCCUUAUUUGGCCUAAUAGGUGUGGCAUUUGGAAUGAAUCUGACAACAGCUUUCGAAGAUGACCCCCGUGCUUUCUGGCUGGUAACAGGUUUCAUGUUCUUGGGCAGUGGGCUGAUAUGGAGGCGACUUUUAUCAUUUUUGGGACGGCAUCUAGAGACUUCAGUACCCCCACGAAUCCCUCCAAUUUGGAAGAGGAAUAUGAGACCGUCAGACAUCAAGGCUGGGGUCAGAUGAAGUUCUACCUCGCAGAUGAUGGUUGUCUCGCAGCGCUCUUGGUCCUCUUUAACUUGAUGCAAAGACUUCUGCUAGAAUUUUUAUUUUUAACACACCUCAUUGUUUUACUGUCCCAUGGCCACAGCAGAGGUUGAGAUUACGCUCACAUCUCUGGAGACUAUAGUGCAGUGGUUCUCAAACUGUGGGGCGGGCCCCACUGGUAUGGCAUGGACAACCACGUAACACAUAUGAAGUUAUAUGAUGUGAAUAUGAUUUUUAUUAUUAUUUUAGGGAAAAAAUUGUAGCGAAUUUUGAGGUGUGGACGAUAUCCAUCUUGCAUGAAGAUCUGCUUCUGGUUUGGGAUGUCAGAAGAAACUCUGCUCCAGUGUGUGCGUGUCACUGUUUCCCUUCAUUUGAUGGUCAUUUUUCAUUUCUGCUUUUUAUCUUUUUGUCUUCUUUCCUUUCAACGUCCAGUGCAGAUAAAACUUUGAGUUUUCUUAGUGUUGCAGAACCAGGAACAGCAGGACAAAGCCCGUCCUGUGCUUGCUGUGGGUGCAACUGUAACAUAAUCAGCAGCUGCUAGUGCUCUGGUCAGGACUAGCUUCACUGCUAUUAGCAGGUUUCUUUGCACUUACAGUAAUGAGCACAGCGUUGUUGCCGGGUCCAGUGACGUCUUCACCUGUUUGCUCUGCUGCACUCUUUGAAGCAGGAACCGCCACCCCACACCUCGAGGAAGUGGUGGGGAAAUACUUCACAUCUCCAUAUAUGUGGAUUAAAAAAAAUAAAAAAAUUUAAAAAAAGCCAGGUCAUAUAAUCAUCUCAUUGUGGAGUUGUGCUUUCUUUCAUUUCACUGGUGAAGAACAAAGAAAAAAAAAUGUUAUAUCACUGUGAAAGCAGUAAACCUGUGACUCUGUCCCUCUGUACUCUGUAUGUUCUGCCUUUAUUAAACCAGAGGAAGUACACUGUG